AUGCGGCCCUCUUCUACCAAGUUGAAAUCAGUCGUGGAACGGUUGAAUCCUCUGCCCUCCACGGCCUUCGACUUUGACAGCCUCUACAGCAAUGUCUCCCGUGGUAGGUAUGAUUCCCUGCCGAACACACUCGCAGCAGAUCUCGGUCCCAACAUCAAGUUCAAGAUGCAGCUUGUCGGACAACAAGCAGAGGAUGGACAAUGGACGUUUAUCAAGCAUUACAUCUUUGAUGCCAAGAUGUCUGCCAAACUCCUCCAGGAGCGUCUUGAUGGCGAGCUCUUCAUCAUUGACUACGGAAAGAACUUUCGCGCUGGUCUCAAGGGGUUCCAGUAUCUCCUCGAGCAUGUCGGACAAUGGUCAGUGAUGUGGUUUCAGGUUUCCGUUAAAGACACGAAGACCAAGAUCAAACACAAAUCAGAUCUCGACGCCGGCUUCAGCUUCAUUCGCACACAGGGCCCCCGCUCCAACAUGCAGAACCGUCAGACGGAAUGGACUGAAAUCGAGAUUCAUCGGGAGGGUAGCCCGAUUUAUGGAUGGUCUGCUGGCCUCGUGAAGGAAUCCCUGCGUGGCUAUGCUAAUUCAAACGUCUUCGCCGAUCGCACCAGCAACUUCUACGUGACAUUGCACGACCUGAGCGCAUGGUUCUUGCACGAUGUCAUCAUCCCCUUAUUGCCUACCCUGAAGUCUAAGACCGUCGUCUUCAUGGGAUUGGCCGAAAAGGGUAAAACCCCAGCUGCGCAGGCGCUCGCUUUGGCUAUGUCGGAAUACUGGCUGCUUGUGGACAACAUGGCGUGGGCCUUUCUUGACUCAACCCUGGAAGAGACGUUCACCGUGGAGCGAUGGACGACUUCCAAAUUCGUGAGGCAUCAGCUACGAGUCUUGUGCGACAACAAAGUGGAUGAAUCGGCAGAAGAGGACAUUGUGCCUGGCCAGACCAGCAUCUCAUUCAACACCUUCCUUGACAUGAUUUCACCGGCCUUUCCUGACAAGUCGUCCAAGAAGGACAAGAUGGCACUCCUCAAAC